AGUGAAACAACAAUUAAAUGACACUUAACUGCACAGCACUUCGCUAUACACUGAACCCAUUGGACACAUAUUUGCCACUCAAUUGACUGACAGUUGUGUUUGAAAUACGGUUUCAUUUGCAUUGAGUUGACACAUAAUAACCACAAAUCCAUUGAUUAUAAGUUUGCUGUCAAUACAAAUGCCAUGAAAUGCCUGCCGAUAGCGAUGACAACAAUUCCGAAGAUCAUCACUCGUGGGGUGAGUGGCAGUCAAAGAGACCAUUGCUGAUGGAGUACGAGAGCAGUGCCCGCAACGAUGGCUUAGGGAUGGCUAACGUCGGCAACUUCUUCGCCGGUUUCAUCGUAUCGCAAGUGUUGGGCCUCUUUAUCAUCGUUUUGGUGAGCGUCUGGAUCUCGAAAUACUUGGGAGGAAUCGGCUUCGCCACCGAUAGCCAAUUGUUUAACUUUCACCCGUUGUUCAUGACGUUAGGAAUGGUAUUCAUCUUCGGCGACGCUAUUCUCGUGUAUCGGGUGCUACGCAACGAACGCAAGAAGUUAUUGAAGAUAAUGCACGCCGUCCUCAAUGGGUCGGCGCUGGUAUUGGCUCUGUUGGGCUCGUGGGCUGUGUUUCGCUACCACUCCAACCAGAAUAUACCGAACCUGUAUUCACUGCACAGUUGGGUCGGGGCGCUGACAAUGUUGUUAUUCACGGGACAGUACGCUCUGGGCUUCGUAUCGUUCAUGUUUCCCGGUCUCAGUCCCACUUACCGGCGAUUAAUACUUCCCUAUCACACCUACAUUGGACUCAUGCUGUUCGUGAUGAUCGGCGGCACCGCUCUCCUAGGAAUCACCGAAAAGGCGUUCUUCUCUCUGGAUGGAAAGGGUCCUAAUCCAUAUUAUAAGGACUUUCCCGGUGCUGCUUAUGUGAUCAAUCUGUUGGGCAUAAGUGUGCUAUUGUUUGUGGCGGUCAUUGUGUUUCUUGUGUCAAACACUCAGUUCAGGCGCCGACCACUUCCGGAAGAGCAGGCGCUUCAGCUGCAAAACGACGAGACAUCGUCUUUGAAUUGAUUUCACCAUUUCAUUGACACUUGAGUUGUGUUCACAACUAAUCUCUAUUUUGUCGCUUGUUUUGCGAGAAUCUAUUCAAUAUUUAAAUCUAUUAAUCAAUUGAUUUGUAAAAUUAUAUUUGAUUUUUAUCGAUAUUUUGAGCAC